CCCAAAAUUACUUGACAAACCCCACCGCGAUGGGGACUCAAUCUCACGGUAACCCGUGGUCUCAUAUAUGUGAGCAUUGUUUGAGUAUCUUCUCUGAAGCCAGAGAUGUCUCUCCAUACGGUCUGUGGUCUCCCAAACAACAAGAUGGCUACAGGCUUCCGCACACGAAAGGGAACCUAGAAAACGGAAAGCGCGAUGGUUGUCGCCUCUGUUGUCUCAUAUGGUUUCGACGCUUGAAGUUUGGAGAGAAGAGCGAGAUUCCAUGGCCAGAUUGGUAUGAAUUGAAGCCGGACGACGAUCUCGAGCUUCGAUACGGGUUUGCCAGCGGAACUUCUGGUUAUAAGAUUCACAUGGGAAUUUGGAGAUGGGCCGAGGGUAACGAUAAUAAGGUGUACAGCUUUUUCUGUAACAUCGAAGAAACAACGGACGAAUUCGUAGCUUCGAUCCCAAAAGAAAAGUCACUGUUGGCUUGCAACACCAACACUGGCUCGGACCAAGCUUUCAGUCUCGCUCAAAAGUUUCUCUCGGAUUGCUUGGCAUCGCACGAUUGCUCAAUGCCAAAUAACAACGGAUGGGCCCCUACACGUCUAAUCGAUCUAGGACAGUCACCCUCCGACGUGGCCAAGGUUGUCACGUCGGCGUCCCUACCGCGCCCAGUCCGUUGGAUGACGCUGAGUCACUGCUGGGGUUUCAAGCCACCGUGCGUUCUCCUAGACAGCAACAUCACGCAAUAUAUGAGAGAGAUACCUCACUCAGAGCUCUCACGAACCUUUUCUGACGCCUUCAUCAUCGCGAAGAAACUCGGCGUUCGAUAUCUGUGGAUAGAUUCCAUUUGUAUUAUCCAGCGAAGCGAAGAGGACUGGCGACGAGAAGCUCCUACCAUGGGCAAGGUGUACAGCCUGUCACAUUGCACCAUAUCUGCAAGCCAUGCGACGGACGGAUCCGGCGGCUGCUUCUCGGACAGAGACCCCUGGACCGUCUUGCCUUGUGUUAUACCGUCACCAUUCUCGACGGACCCCAAGGCGCCACCGUUUCUCCUCCACGGGGAAGACCUGCAAGAGAGAUGGAAAACGGAUAUUUCACAAGCGCCCUUGCAUAAACGAGCUUGGGUCUUUCAGGAGCGGCUGCUUUCUCCCAGGACGCUCUACUUCGGUCAGCAGCAAAUCCUAUGGGGCUGUGGCCAGCACGAGCUCUGUGAAUCGUUUCCCGGAGGUGUGCCGUCGCAGCCCGCUUCGAUUUGGUGGCAGUUCAUAGGCGACCGGAGAAGCUUCCGGAAUAUGCUGCUCGCGAGCGCCGGUACCAAGCCCUUCGAGCGGCUAUGGUCAGAAACGGUGAAAGAAUACUCAAAGACACAGCUCACGUUCCCCAGCGACAGGCAGGUGGCGUUUUCAGGUCUUCCCGGUCAGUUGAAGGAAGAGCGUGGUACCCAGCAAGCAUAUGGUGUUUGGAUUGAUGAGAGUUUGCCCUGGUCUCUGCUUUGGGGUACUGAAAAAAAGGUUCAGGCGCGGCCGACCAAUUAUCUAGCGCCCUCAUGGUCAUGGAUGACACUGAAUACAUCAGUAACAUUCGGAAACUGGUAUCCGCAUGGGACGGGGCUGGUGAAGGCUGUUGGUCUCACUACGUCUGGCUUUGGCGGCACGAAUAGGAUCGGAAAGGCAGAGAACGACGGGCUGGUUCUAGAGGGUGUCCUCAAGAUGGCAUUCUAUAGAAAAGAUGUUGCUAGCGAGGGCAACAUAAGCCACAUGAUCUCGCAACUGAACGGCAGAGAGGAAGAGUCGUUCCAGCUCCCGUUGUCCAACAGUGCAGAGGAUUGGCAAGCGCUAGGUUCCAUACUCCGGCCGAUAUCUUCCGAUUUAGAGACGGAGUGGACGCAAAUGUACGCUUGGGACUCACCUGAAGAGACGCCGAGAGGAGAUAUUGUCAUCUGUCUGCCGUUGGUCAACCAUACAGAUCGUGUUUUGAGGUUCGAGGGACUGUUCCUCGAGCCUGUGCCGCAUCCGCCGAACACCAAUACGAUUCUAUCUACAAACGAAUCGGAGGGUGAUGGAUUACUGCAUAAGUUCAGGCGCAUUGGAAAUUACCAUCUCAUGCACCGUGCCAACUGGGUGGCAUCAACCGAGAAGUUGCGAUUCAUGCUCAUUUGAUCAAUCGAACGAACAUGGUCUUGGACGGUUUCUGAUACGGAAAAGUCCGAAAGACCAAAUGGCAAAAGAGUUCACACUCCCGGUGCUGAACUAGGGGCUACAUCUCUUGAUACUCAUGCUAGGAUUCGAACUCGGGAACUCUCGCUAAGCCUGUCGUCGAGUUGGCUGGUCGGCGUAUAAUUUGAUUGUUGACCUUAGACCAC